AUGAUUACCCUCAGUCCAAGGAUAAAAGUGCAAGUUGCCAAGGCGCAGAACUUGCUCUACAAUAAGAGAAAGAUAGCUGCCAUUCCAGCAAUUAUUUUACUGCUCAUUUUCAUUGUUACUGCAAGCUACAGGUCUGCCCUUGAUGCUUCAACUCCAGUCGCCUCUCCUCAUAUUUCCAUCACUCGUCUAACCAAGGAAGAUUUUGAGGCAACUUCACCGUUCCGUUUGGUAGAGAAUCAGAGACAAUUUUAUGCCAAUGAAGGGUUUAUUACCUCAUUUUUGAGUAAGUUUGGUGGUUCAGCCUCCAAUGCUGCUGAGCGUUCAUUGCUAAAUGGUUGGAAACAUGCUGAUAGGUUGGACCAAUGUAGGUUUUUAAUUCGUUCCAUGUAUAACGCCGAUAUGGAUUGGAACAAUUCUAACAUCCUGGAAUUUAAGGACGAUGAAAAAGCGGAUAAUACUGCCAUCGUCUUAAUGAGUGAAAGAAUUAGACUUUAUGAUUACUGUUUUAUUUCUGGUAAGUUGAAUUUGAAACAAGUGUUUAAUGAAAAAUUGGGGGUAAACGUGGCUGAUGUUGCAGAUUUCCAACAUAGAAUGUUCCCCUUUAUGAAGAAAUUGAAUAUUGAUGAAAUGGGGACAAUUCCAAAGAUUACCAAUUUAAAUAACGGUAAGGAUGAAACUCCUAUUUUCAAGGAUGUAAAGACUGUUAAUGAAAAUUUCUUUGCUCACUGGAAUGAAGUGUCAAAGGGAAAAGGGAUUGUCAUCAAUAUGAAGGAAACUGAGAAAGAUUUGUUUAUGAGUUUGAUCGCCACAUUACAAGAGGUGAAAAACACAUUGCCAAUUCAAAUAAUUACUACAGGCCAAGAUUUCGAGAAGGAAACCUUUGAAAGCAUGAACCGAUUCCUGCAAACAACAGAUCAACAAGUCUCGUUGAUUGAUUGUUCUUCAAUUUUAGAUGCUGAUUUCGUUAAAGAACAUAUAGCGUCACAUCUUCAUAAAUGGUUUGGAACAUUAUUCAACACAUUCGAAGAAGUCGUCAUACUUGAUGCUGAUAGUGUUCCAUUUGUUGCACCUGAAACAUUCUUCAAGAAUAAGGAGUAUAAAGAUGCCGGCUCAUUCUUCUUUAGGGACAAGACCUUAGGUAAUGAACGUACCUAUCAAUAUUGUAUUGAAAUGAUUGAAGCAAUGGAACCUUCCAAGGCAGAGUCCGGUUUAAUUAAUACUAAGUUGAAGUUUACUUCUAAUAACCCACCUGAAGACAAUUCAUCCCCAGCAGCAAGCGUUUACAACACAUUUUUUGGGAAGUAUAAACAUAAGAAUCUAGAUAGUGGUGUUGUCGUAUUAAAGAAAAAGGAGAAAUUGACAUCAUUAUUGAUGGGAUUCAUGAUGAACUUGGAUGCUAAGAUGAAGCAAUGUGUUUCAGGUGAGAAAGAAUUAUUUUGGUUAGGCCAUCUAAUUGCUGGUCAAGAUUAUGCCAUUGAUCAAUGGUUUGGUACCAUUGCUGGUACUGUUGGUUCCAUGAACGAUGGUAAAGAUGGUGCUGAAUCUACUCUGUACAUUUGUUCCACCCAGGUGGCUCAUGUCAACAAAGAUGAUGAUAUCUUAUGGAUCAAUGGUGGGUUGAACACUUGUAAAUUUAAGAAUAUUGCUUCGAAGGAAUUUGAAAGAUCACCAAGUUACUUCAAGCAAAGAUAUCAAGUAGAACGAAACUUGCAAAGUGUUUAUGACUCUGCAGUAAAGAUUGACGGACUUAUUAAACCUGACGGUAGAUUGAAUAAAUGGAUUCAAAUUGACGAAUGUCAAAGAAGAAUGUAUUGUGCAUUUAUAGGGGGACCUGAAGCUGCUAAGCCUGGUGCUGUAGAUGAUUCAAAGACUCUAUACAUGUUAGAUAAAGAUGGUAAAAGUAAACUAGCUGGUUUGACCAACGUUUGGAGAUCCAUGAAAGCUUCAGUAAACCAACCACAAAAACAACAGUAG